ACACAGAAACACCUCUGCUAAAGAAAUGUGAAAGGAGAAGCAGAAACGUGCUAUUUGAACACAGUUCUCCUGUUUGACAUCCAGGAGGUUUCCCGAGAUCUAUUUCAGCAGAUUCUAUCUACAUCAUGAAAAGGAGGAAGCCCAAACUGAAGUGAGUCACAAACUUCAUUCCCAACACAGGACUGUGGCUUGGCCUAGAGGUGAGGUGAGAUCUGAUGUCCCUCGUGGAUGAGACCAUGAGUUGCAUGGUCACAUUUCCCUCUUCCUCCUCCUGUUCUCCCCACUUCCUCUCCUACCUACUAUCCUUGACAAGCUCUCCCUUUCUCCUGAAGAUUCCAUGUGCCAGCGUACUGUCUACAGUAAUCAACUUUAAAGUGUUUAUUGUAUUUAUUUAUAUGUAGAAAGCCAGAAUAUUACAAGUAAAAGUUGGUUCUCUCUUUCUACCAUAUAGGUUCUGAGGGUAAAAAUCAGGUUGCCAUGCCUGGCAGCAAGAGCCUUUACCCACUAAGCCAUCUCACCAGCCCCUUACUAACUUUUCUAGGUUAGAGACGUGUGAGCUGAGAGCCUGAGCUGACAGCUGGUGACAGGUGACAGUUACAACAAGAGCUAUUCUUCCUUCCUUGAGCUUUGGGAUGCAUUCCUACCCCUUCUCCUACCUUGCUACCUGAAAAUGCAUCAGGACCAAAUUGUUUAGGAAGAGAAGGGAACAGGAAGGAAACAGGUUAUUUUCUCUUAUUUGCUCUGGUCCUAUUUCCUUUCUUCCCAUUAUCCCAAGCCCUCUCAUUCUUGCCAGCUUCCAUAUCUAUCUUUCCAAGAACAUAGGCAUAGAAUUGCCUUUGAGUAACAGCCAAAAGCUCCUCUAGGCAGGAUAUAAGGGUUUGAAUCAUAGCUUAUGAGGUACAACCUGAUGGCAAAGUUACUUUCCCUUUUGAAGCCUUCGCUGUGUGGUCUAUGAGUAUAGUCUCAAUCAAAUGAAAUGGAACAUGCAAAGUCCAUUAGUCCUAUAAAGCACUAAUUUUUAGUUAUUAUUUCUCAUCAUCUCUAUUUUAAGUGAUGGUGGGGGGUUGUUUUUUGUUAUUUAUUUUGUUUUGGUUUUUUCUGAAUACACUUGUUUUUGAGAGUCUCAUUAUUUUUCAAAGUUUAGCCGGUCUGGACCAUAGCUCAGUGGUUAACUUCUGGGUUAUUUCAUUCUUUCAGUCUCUUCCAUCUCUGGCUCAACUUGACUGAUUUUUAUCUUCACUGUGAAUAUUUUUAAGAAACUACAAAUGGAGCCAUCAAGUUGCUGACAGUAGAAAGCCUGGCGGGGAAAUCUGUGCUAAGAUUGGAAUUGCACAUUUCGCUGUGUCUACAGCUGUGUGCUUAUGGCAGGGAGAGCCCUGGCUGGUAGCACACUGAGACAUCAGUGAACUACCAUUUUUGGUAGAAUUUACCAUUUUUGUGGACUCUGAAGAAAGGGAGUCUCUGAAGAAUGACUGUAGUAGUGACUACAGUUACUGGAGUUACAUUUCUUCAAUGAACAGUGAUGGUUAAUAUCUUUUAGCUUUUGCCAUUUGCAUAAAUUCUUUACAGAAAUAUAUAUUUAAGUGGAAAGAAUAGUCUUUUGAACAUAUGUACACAUAAAUUUCUAGGUUCUGUGUAUUUCUUUCUUACAAUCAUUUUUAAUAGACACAAGGUGAAAUCAAUGGCAUAGAAUCAUGUUUUCUCCUGAAGCUGUCUUCAGAGAGGAAAGCCUGAGUUACAGUUCAGGGAAUGAACCCUCAUUGAUUAGACAGAGAGCCCACCACUUGCCUCACGUGUAAGGUGUGCAAGUAUCCUUUAAUGCAGUUUCAAUAGCCUACAUCCCUCCAUGACUGACUAAUUAGGAAGAUAGAAAUAAUAGUUUGGGGUAGGAGACAUGUGUCGCCUUCCUUCCCACCCCAGUAAGCACUUCCAGCCAUCCACCGCUGUCACUCUUUAUGCCUGCUGUCUGUGCUAUCAGACAACUUUUCUGUUUGUUUGCUUACUGUUUAUCAAUCCCUAAAGUGUAAGGUGCUGGUUUGCAUGUACCUGCAAUGCCUGCCAUGGAGUCAUGCAUAUUACAGAUUUUGAUAAAAACUUGCUCAGUUAAUAACUAAAAGAGGCAGUGUAACUAUGACCUUCUCUGCUUGUUAUUAAUUUAUCUCCAUUCUCUCGAGUUUCUGAUGUUUCCUCAGAUGAUGAAGAAGAACAAGAGCAAGAGCAAGAAGUCAGUGAAUAAGCAAGAAGCCCUCUGCAUCCCUCACUACUACAGACUAGGGCAUCUUAAGAGCAUAUUGGAUGGAGGAGAGUAUUCCCCGUAUGUAUCUCCUCCCAUUCUGGAGAGCAAUUUUAUUCAGGUCAAUAGGAGAGGUGAGUCUAUUUACCUGCAUAACCGAGCAAACUGGGUGACCGUAGGCAUCUGUUCUUCCAACACCGUCUUCAAGACCCCCAAUAUGAUGCUCUUGGCACAUCUGACACCAGAAGCUCGAAAAGAACCAGAACCUCUCUUUAAAACCCUUCUGAAGUCUUCCUCUUCAGGGAAUCUGGUGCUCACCAGGUUUAUCCCUCUGCAGUUUGUGACUCUUUCUGUGCACAGUGCUAAGCACAUGCGUCUCAAGGUAAAGCUGAUCAACGGCCGGUCUUACUACUUACAGCUCUGUGCUCCGGUGUAUAAACAGGAUAUCAUAUUUUCUCAGUGGGUAGACCUCAUCCCCCUCUUGAAUCAGGAGAAAGUCAAAACUGCUAAAGUAUCUGAGGUCUCAAGCCUCUCAGAAAUCACAAACAGUACAGACAUCACAGGCUCGAUGGACAUCACGGACAUUACUGCUUUCACAGAACUGCGGGCCAUGCACCCGAAAACACAGAGAUACCCUUGUAACAUCAUGGAAAGUACAGACUUCUCAGCAUAUACAGAUGCCACUGAUAUCACAGAUGUCACUGAUGUCACCGAUGUUCUGGAAAAUGAAGUCACAGAUGUUCCAGAUGUAAAAAUUGUCACAGAAGUCACAGAAGUCUCAGAAGUCUCAGAAGUCAAAAUGGCCACAAACAUCUCAGGGGUCAGAAUAGUAUUUGAAAACGAUGAUAUACUAAAGACCAAGCAGGAGGAAAAGGAAUAUAUCCUGAAGCACAGGACUCUACGAGAUAAAAAAGCUAUGAAUGACUACCGAGACUCCCCCAAACAUGUGGCCAUCUCAAACAUAUCCCUGGCUUUGGAAGAUGAAGAGUGUUUUCCGACUACUCUGACUCCUGUAAAAAGCAAGGAAGACACAUACAAAGAAAUAUGUGAUGAAACUGCUGAAGAAAAGAUGUUUCGUCUUCAAAACAUACAUCUAAAGGCCUCAGAGUCCAGAUGGUGAACUGAAGCUUGAAGAUAUUUGCUCAAGGUAUAUGAAUAUCUAGAAAAUGGUGAAACGGGAUUUGAACACGAGAAGCCUUAUAGCCAAGCUAAACUGUAACUCACAAACUCAUGCAUAUUUCUGUUUAGCAGUACCCCUCUAGGGAACAGUCCUUACCCAGUCCCUUGACUCACUGCCAAGGGGGUGUGUCUUCCUUCACCUGCUGCUCUAAAGAUGGAAAGAAUUUCUUUCCCGCCUUCACAUCAAGAAAAAGAUUUUCAUGACAUCAACAAGAGACUACUUCUGGUGAUGUGUUAAAAUCUGAAGUGCAAAUAAACAGUUUGCAAUUUGGAAGU